AUGAUUAAUUCAAAACCAACCACUCGCAGUGGCGCUAAAUUACAGGCUGUCGCUUCUCCAAAAGUUGUCUCUUCACCUGCUAGCAGUUCUCCAUCCAACGAUGAUAUCAUGACUACGUUACUAUCCUUUCGAACUGAGUUUUCUGAUUCUUUUAAAAAACUGUCAUUGACGCAAGACAAUCAAUUUAAAGAGCUAAAAAAUGACAUAGUUCAACUGUCCUCUCUUCUUGCUGAACUCAAAGCUGAAAAUAACACUCUUAAGGGUGAGGUGGUUUUUCUAAAAGAUAAAGUCCUGAGGCUGGAAUCCUUGGAUUCUCCUGCCUUUUCAUCCACUGUUGUAUCACAAGUGUUCCAGGAAACGUUUGAACGAGAAAGAUGCUCUACUAAUUUAUUGGUAUACAGUGUUCCUGAGUCUUCCGCUGAAUCUACCGCUCAACGUAUCACUGAUGACAAAUCAACUUUUGAGAAUAUUGUAAUUCCUCUUAUAGGCAAUCUUCCUGCUCAAUACAAAUUGGUUCGUCUGGGUAAAGCUCAGGCUAACAACACUCGUCCCUUGAAAAUAAUUUUUGAAUCUAAAGAAUGCGCUUCUAAAUUACUAGCUACCUAUUAUGAGGUAAAGAAAAAGGGUACUAACUUUCCGCCAAACUUCCGAAUUGUAAAAGAUAAGACUCUACUUCAACGUACCCUACUGCGUAACUGCCACUCUGAACUUGAGCGUAGGUCUCAAGAUGGCGAAGUUGGACUGCAGAUUGUUCAUAUAAAUGGUCUCCCAAAGGUCGUGUUUAGCAAUCCUAGGAAUGGAAAUUUCAACCAGAGGCCCACAUUCAACAACCCUUAA